AUGGCUUCCACAGCUCGCGCAGCUGCGCACUCACUCGAUUGGUCUAAACUUACAGCCCUCGGUUUAAAACGAGAAACUGUACUGGCUCUGCAAGCCUUUCGAAAACGAAAUGAGGAAGCAAAACGUGUAUUGCAGGUUCUAAAAGAACAAAAAACAGACAUUGAUUUUAACCAUUACCGAACAAUCUUAAAAAAUAAAGGAAUCGUGGAGGAAGCCGAGAAGGCAUUGAAGACAUAUAAGCCGGUAAAAGUUGAUUUGGAUACUCAAAUAAAGAUCAUAGAGACUUUUGAGGCUAAAGCUGUGAGUUGGAAUAAAGAGCUUGAGUGUUAUGAUUCUUGCCUUUACGAUCACGAAUGA